CACACGCACACACACACACACCACUCAGCCCGGCGGACUGCAGGCAGACGAGGCUCUCUCUUUUCAAGGAGGGAAGGAUUUAAAAAAACAAACUUCUGGACAGUAGAGUGCUUCCAGGCCGAUGGGCGGUGAGGUGAUCUGGGGCUACGGCGGUCGCUCGUUGCGUAAAGCCCAUACGGAUGAUCGAUAAGUGCUAAACAACCAAAAAAGGACAAGCAAAGGAUCGCGUUCUUGCCAUCAAUUAUUAAUACAUUCCUGUCAGGCGGCGGGGGGGUGCGAGUGCGAGUGCGAGUGCGAGACGCCACAGCGGCGGCGAUCGCCCGCUCCGAAACCGGAGGAGUCACCGGCCGACGAUGUCCCGAUGUGAGCGCGCGUCCAGGGGAGACGAGGGAGGAUGAAGACGCGCGGAGCGGCAUCGAGCGCGGCAGAGGUGGAGUAUAAUGAAGUGGAGUGGGAAGGGACUGUGCACCGUCUUCUCCGGCACGCUCCUCUUCGCGUGCGCCCUGGGCGAAGUCGUCGUCGGACUGCGAUGCGUCUCGCUGGGCUCCACGGUGAAGGCGCACUUCCACCUCGGCGCCGCGGCCGGCGCCUUCUACUCCGGGCUGCUGGUGGGCGUCGGGCAGGCGCUGCUGGGCUCCGCGCUGCUCUGCUGCAUGGAGAAGCCCGGCUGCAGGAACUUCUUCCUGCUCGGCGUCGUGGUCUUCCUGCUGGGGGUGCUCACCGCCUUCUCCGGCGCCGUGGUGGACGGGGACACGGCGUCGCUGGUGGAGAGGAAGUACUCGCACUACUGCUUCCACUCGGCGGCGGCGAGCCCCGCGUGCGAGCGGCUGCGGGACUACCAGCGGAGCCUGGUGGUGUCCGCGGUGCUCAGCACGCUGGAGUGCGUGCUGGGGCUCCUCAACCUGCUGGUCAUCAAGCGGUACAAGGCGGCGCGGUGCUCCCGGAGCCGGCGCCUCCAGCGGCGGGGCGCCGGCGCGGUCCUCUUCGCCGAGGAGCGGGACUGCGCCUCGGCGGACUUCCAGCCGGUGUCCUACAUCAACCUGGGCGUGUUUGACGUGUGCGACGAGACGGGCGCGGAGGCGCAGCGCGGCGGGCACCCGUCCGUCGAGCUGCCGGGCUACGCGCCCACGGACCCGGAGCUCAACCGCUGCUUCCCCUUCUCCUACCCGCUGCCCAGCGAACUGCCGCCCGCGUACGAGGACAUUUUCCCCGCCGAGGCAUGCAACACAUAGCCGCCCCCACCCCCCCUGGAAUCUGGGUUUACAGUCUCUCAUCUCUUCUCUACUCCUCCUCUUCCCCCCCAAACAAACAAACAAACUAACUAACUAACAAACAACAACAACAACAACAACAACAACCGCGGAAGAAACGAAGUAAAAACCAGAAACAGUAAGUUACAGCAGCAGUGAUCCAGCUGGUUCACCUGCCUCGCGUCUCAUCUCGAACCUCACCAGUCAGACUGAUGUGGAGGGCCCCGGGCCCCGGGCCCCGGGAGGCCCCAUAUAAACGCAACAGCUUGCUGGGGGGGAAAAAAGAAAGAAAGAAAAGAACAAUCAAAGGCUGAGUUUGUGUUUUUGAAUGUUCGCUGUUGACAUUUUUACUUGUGAAUAAAAAAAAAGAAAGAAGUGCAUUCAUCCUCGUCACGCUGUCGCGGAGCCGCCGCCGCCGCCAAGUUCAGUUUCUUGUCGAUGGAGUCUGAGGUUCGUUUCCGAGGCUU